CUCGUCAGCUGAUAUCGCGACAGGUGGCCAAAGGCUAAAGUUUGGGUGAACUUUGCAGCGCGCGGACGAAAAAUGCGACCUCUUCAGCGUGCGCGGCAGCUGUUGAGCGUGGGAAGCCGUAUUCUGGACAGAAGACUUCUCCAUGGCCAGCGAGAAGUGCCUGUCCAGAAACGCGGUAUUCCCGUGGUCCGAUUGAGUCUCCUAGCAGCCGGAGCAGGUGCGUUGGCUUACGAUGGGAUAGUAAACGACUUCACCUAUUGCGGAGCUUCGGUGCGAUUCGUUCGGUCUCUAAAAACUGCUGGAUUAAUAGCAGCUGACUAUUUACAACUGGACGAGAAUGAUCCGGAUUACGAAACGAAGGUGAAAGUGCUUCACAAAAAGAGCGCCGAUCGUCUGUUGGAGACAUGCUUGUUGAACGGCGGUCUGUACAUCAAAGUUGGGCAAGGAUUCGCCGCCAUCAAUCACAUCCUACCCGUGGAAUACACCAGCACACUGUCGUUGCUGCAGGAUCGCUGUUUGCCAACCACCCAGGCGGAUGUGCAGAAAGUUUUUCGCAAGGACUUUGGUCAGCUACCCGAGGAGAUCUAUCAAGAGUUUGACUACAAACCUGUGGCAGCCGCCAGUUUGGCGCAGGUUUUCAAAGCCAAGUUGCCCAGUGGUGAGCAAGUUGCCGUCAAGGUGCAGUACAAUGAUCUCCAGAAACGUUUCAUCAGCGACCUAGGCACCAUAAUCUUCCUUCAGGACAUUGUUGAGUUCUUUUUCAAGGACUACAACUUCGGUUGGAUCUUGAAUGAUCUGCGAAAGAAUUUGGUGUUGGAGCUAAACUUUUUACAGGAGGGUCGGAAUGCAGAACGGUGUGCCACGGAUAUGAAAAAGUUCAAAUAUGUCCAUGUUCCUAAAGUCUACUGGUCGCAUACCAAAACGCGCGUCCUGACUCUUGAGUGGAUGGACGGAUGUAAGAUCAACGAUCUUAAGACAAUAGAAAGAGAAAAGCUCUGCUUGAAGGACAUCGAUGUUAAGCUCUUUGAGACCUUUGCUGAACAGAUAUUCUACACUGGCUUCGUACAUGCCGAUCCUCAUCCAGGAAACAUUUUUGUGCGUAAAAAUAAUAAAAAUGGCCGAGCGGACAUUGUCCUGUUGGAUCAUGGCCUUUACGAAGAACUGCCUCAAAAUGUGCGCGGACCACUGUGCGAAUUCUGGGAGGCUACAGUUCUGCGCGAUGAGGCCAAGAUGCAGAGCGCCGCCGAGAAGAUCGGAAUAGGCGACUACAUGCGCUUCGCCGAAGUACUCUUCCAACAACCUAUUCGAAAUCGAGGAGGCAGCAUAAGGGGUAAACUGACGCAGGAGGAUAUCGAUCAUAUGCAGGAGAUAGCUAGGAAUAAUUUUGAGCAUAUUAUGGGCACACUGAAGGAGAUGCCCAGAAGCAUGUUGUUUGUGGUCCGUAAUCUAAACACGGUGCGAGCAAUUAGCCAUCAGCACGGAGACGUGGUAAAUCGUCCCCGGGUGAUGGCACGAUAUGCCCAAAAGUGUCUUUAUAUGCAGCAGAGUGGACGAAGUCCCGUGCAAUAUUUCCACUGGCUAAGACGGCGUAUCUACUUUGAAUACUGUUUGUUUUGCUCAGCCUUUAAGUUACGUCUCAUUGACUGGUAUUUCAAUAUCCUAUAUUUGAUGGGUCGUGCUCCUGCCUCGGCUAGAACCGUAAUGAGGGAAAUUACGCAACCCCCAGAGCCAGAGAUGUUGAGAUGAGUGCCGAAACAGGUCGACCUAAAUCAUUAGUUUAAAAUGUAGUUUUUAAGGUAAAUGUUUUUAUAAAUAUUUAUAUUAUACUAGCUUAUUCUCUGGCAUAUUGCAAUUCCAAUGACAUCAUGACAAUGAAUAUGCUAGAGAAUAGGUCAGGAAUAGGGUUUUAUAUGGUGUGAAAUGAUAAUAUUUAUUGUAAGAUUAUAUGCAAAGUAUUUAUGCCUUUAUGAUGCUUUUUGGUUGAGGACGUAUGAAUAAAUUUUUAAGCGAAUUGUA